UCACUGCUGACGACAUGGCACACAAAGGACACAGCGGGGUAAACCAGCUGGGUGGUGUCUUCGUCGGCGGUCGGCCACUUCCGGACUCAACGCGGCAAAAGAUCGUCGAGCUCGCACAUUCGGGUGCACGGCCAUGCGAUAUCUCCAGGAUACUACAGGUCAGCAAUGGCUGCGUCUCCAAGAUCCUCGGCAGGUACUAUGAGACCGGAUCUAUAAGGCCCAGGGCCAUCGGCGGCAGCAAACCGCGCGUGGCAACGGCAGAGGUCGUCAAUAAAAUCUCGCUCUACAAAAGUGAGUGCCCGUCCAUCUUCGCGUGGGAGAUCCGAGAUCGCUUGUUGCAGGAGGGAGUGUGUACGAACGACAACAUUCCGAGCGUGUCCUCGAUCAACAGGGUACUGAGGAAUCUGGCCGCGCAGAAAGAGCAGAGGCAGCAGCAACAACAGCAGCAACAAGGGGUGGGCGCCGUGGGGGUUGGCGUCGGUGCCGGCAGUCCGGCGGAGAGCGUUUACGAUAAACUCAGGCUACUAAACGGACAGACUACCGGCUGGCCGCGACCCAAUCCCUGGUAUCCGUCGAGCGCGGGAAGUCCGUUUUCGUCGAUACAAUCUAGUUUGAGUCCGAGCCAUUGUUCGUCUCUGCCACCGGAUCCAGCGGAUAUAUUGCACGCGAAGAAAGUAACCGAGCUCGAGGGUGGCGCGCACUCGGACGAGACGAAUAGCGGGGGUGACAAUAGCAACGCUGGCAGCGUGUCAGGCGGCGCCGAUGACGAUCAGGCGCGUCUUCGCCUAAAGAGGAAACUGCAAAGGAAUCGCACGAGCUUCAGCAACGAGCAGAUCGACGCGCUCGAGAAGGAGUUCGAAAGAACGCAUUACCCGGACGUGUUCGCCAGGGAAAGACUUGCCGGCAAGAUCGGCCUACCGGAAGCGCGAAUACAGGUCUGGUUUUCGAAUCGGCGGGCCAAGUGGCGGCGUGAGGAGAAAUUGCGCACGCAACGGAGGGAUAAUCCACCACCGCCACCACAGCAGCAACAGCAACAGCAACAACAACAGCAACACACUGCCGGUGUAAGCCUGGUAGGUGCUGGUCAUCCAACGCCGCCGCCACCUUCGGGGAUACUUGGGGGCCAGCCGCCUCCGCAGGCACCACCCUCGCCUCCCAGAAUACACCACGGAUUCGCACCCACUGCUGUGUAUCCCGGAAUACCCAGCAUGCCCGACUCGUAUAGUCCGAUGACGUCGAUGCCGAGUUUCACGAUGUCGGGCGCCAGCCAACAGAACCAGCACACGACGAGUAGCAUGUCCUCGCUGUCCACCGGGGGUGGCAUGAGCCCAAUGGGUAUGACCGUGGGUAUGACCGUCGGACCGAGCCCUGGUGCGUGCCUCCAGCAACGGGAUAAUGGCUAUUCGUGCGGAGUCGCGAGACCACCGAGCUACGAGCCUCUUCAUCUUGGUUACGGCGCCAGGCCAACCUGCAGCCCUACGCAGCCCUAUCACGCGGCGAGCCUCAAUCAAUACAAUCAAAACGCCAGCUCGACCGGUCUAAUAUCACCUGGCGUGAGUGUGCCGAUCGCGGUACCAGGUCAACCGGCACCCGACAUGGCGGCGCAAUAUUGGUCACCGAGGCUGCAGUGACCGUGGUGGUCGUCGAUGUCGACCUCGUCUCCGUAGACUUGAGCUUCUUCAUCUGUUUAACUUACGGUCCGUGUUGCGUACGAGAAAAUGACACACGGUCACGCGAUCGUGAAGCGCAAAGUCUCCGGAAAUCCGCGCGUUAUGGUCGAUCAUGCGUGCGACUGUUCCGUAGUAUAAAAUAAAUCGAAGUGAGCUGUACGUCUCGUUCAAGCCAAAGUUCCAUGUGGAAACGAGUUUGAUCUGUCCGUAUUCGCGUCCGCUCUACUCUCGUUUUUUAUUUUAUUUUAUUUUUUGUCAAACGAGUGCAUUAAUUUCGAAAAACGAGGAAACGUCACUGCGAAUUCGCUGGCGCUUACGAAUAAAGAUCAUCCGAAACACAAAGAUCUCCUCAGUUUGUUACGUCACCUCCGAUGAAGGCGAGGAACUAGAUUUUUAACUAAAUGGCUUUAUCGUGGCUGCUCCGUUUGUGUAAACUGGCGACAAAUCUACGGUGUAUAGUGCUCAUGUAAUUACAAUACAAGAUACGCAUUGAGUUUACAGGCAGAUUAAUCGACUUCUGUGUAUAAUCGUGAAUUUUAUCGCCGUCAAAUCGAAUUUCCGUGUCCCGUGCUGAAAAAAAAUCGAUCUCCGCAUUCGCUAUUGCGACACUUACCGAUCAUGUUUACCCUCAUUCUUAUCAUAGGCGAAUGACUAAUGCUGCUUUCCCACACUUUCACUAACGGUGUUUGAUAUCGUAAUGUGCGAAGAGACACUCUCCUCUUUAUUUCGAUGUUAUUAAUCGCAGAAUAUAAGUCAUAGAAACACACAAUCGUUGUUAGACCGUAUUAAUACACCAAUCUGUGACAAUCCGUGAUUUUCAUAUGACAUGAUACAUGAAUGAUCGGCGAGAUGGAAAAAUCUCUCAAAGCAUCCUCUGCAUAUGUACACCUUUGUAAGCUCCCUUUUAAUUCGUACAAUUAUAUCUCCGAGCCGAGACAUCUUUGAAAUAGAACUGAGCAAGGUGAGACGCGGUAGAAUAAAAAAAAAAGAAGAAAGAAAAAGAAUACGAAUCGUCGGCAAUGUGCAACUCGUGUAAAAAUAAUUAGCGCGAAGAUUUAAGAGAAAAAGAGAAUCGCUCCCGCGGAUUUCCGCGGAGAGUUUUUAUUCGCAACGUUUCGUAGGUGUAACUCCUAUAAGCAGGAAGAGAAGAAAUAAAAUAGUUUCUAAGUCGAUAUUGUGUUAUUAUUUAUACUCGUGAAACAAG